UCUCUUGUAAGACACGCGUCACGUGGGAGGAGAAUUCGAGAGAAAAAAAAAUCAGACCUGAGAAAUUCGUCGGCGUUGAAGCUCUAUGGCUCAGACGAUUCCGGCGAUUCAGACUUGAGAUAGGACCUCCGAGUUAUGGGGCAAGAGGAAGAGGGAGAGGGAGAGGGAUCAAUUCCUAUUGCAGUUUCUGGGUUGAUCGAUUCCUGUCAUGGAGUUAGAGAGCUUCAGGGUAGGUCUUACCCUGGUUUCAUCACUCACCAAGAGCAAACUCAGCUCCUCAAUCAUAUAUAUGGAGCAUCUGGUUCCAAGUGGAAGACAUUAAAGAAAAGAAGAUUACAAAACUGGGGUGUGUUGUUAGAAGAUUUUGUUUUCUUCACGGCUUUAAAGAAUCUCAGAACAAACCGUUUUUGUUUUUGGUGGAAACUUUGUUUAAUCCUGUUAAUUUUGCAGGCUGUAAUGUCCAACGACAUCGCCAUUGCUUGUGCUGGUCAUUUUGCUCGGCUACAUGUUAACUCUUCACACUGUCAGUGGAAGGUGAAAUUCGUGAAGCUCAUCUUGCUAAGGCCCUCGAUAUCAUCACGAUUAGUAACAAGGAGCUAGAGGAACACACGCUAGCAUUGCCGAUCUCGAGAACGAGAAGCAGUCUCACGAGAAGAAGCUUGAGCAGUUCUUGAGUAAAGCCAGUGAGGAGAGAGCUGCUUGGUGGAGCAGAGAGCACGAGAAGGUCUGAGCAAUCAUCGACGACAUGAAAUCUCGGUGUCAUUUAUCCUGCAGCUACUCCUGAGUAUGCCCCAUUGGUUGAAUAGUUAUGAAGAGAUGCAGCGAUUCAAGCUACAUACAAUGUUCAAUAUUUUUUUUCAAGAACCCCUAAAUAGGAAACUAGCAUUAGAGCAUAAAAUCAGAUGUCUCCUAGCUAAAGUUUUUAAUCACAUUUAAUUAUUAAAUUAAUCAAUAAAAAACUCUAAUGGAGUUUGUGGGUUAA